GCUAACGGACGCGUGAACCUUUGCACUUAUUUUGCACCCAGUUUUGCACUAGCUGUCAUCGAGCCAUUUUCUUGUCAGCUUGUCAAUAUUGAUGGAACGUUUACUUAUUCUGCCUUACAAACGCCCAAGAGGACGCCCUAAGAAGGAUGAAGGGCUCAUAGUGCACACGGCCAUGGAAGACGAGUUCGGAGUGAUGCGGUGUGUGCGCGCAAGGCUUGUGCCAAAGGGCGAGCCUAUGCCCCCACAGCGACCAAUAUCUGAAUGCGGAAGAGAGAUGCGCAAGCCGCGGCGAGCGCCUGGGCCUUCAGCACCCGCGGAGCCGGCUAUCGCAGGCGCCACCACCCGUCCAUCAGCAGUCCCACUCCCGCCACUCCCGCUGACGGUGGAGGGCCAGGAGCACGACGGAGGCGCGUCUAAUGCAGAGCAGUGAGCACGUGCGUGACACGGAUUUCUCAGAUUUUGGGCCAAGGGUAGCGUUGAAGGCAGAUUCUGGGACCGGCAGGCUGUGAGGAUAGCCACCAUCGGGCGGGAGUGUCCCGGCCAGCGACGCAGGUACAACUUGAGUCGGCCCGAGGUGAAGGCCUUGCCAGGUUGCGGCCUUGCGGGUUUGAUGCAUGGGGGCGGGGGUUGAGGCCUUGCCGGGUGAGCCGUGUCCGCGGAUGCGCCCAGCCCAUGCGAGCCCGCUGGUGGUCGUGCAGGCAGGGGAGGCGGGGUGGCCAGCACUGGGCGGCGCGCGCCUGAGUACAGGGUUGGGUGUUUGUGAGGGCUGUCUGUUUCCGAGGGCUGGCUCUGAAACAAUGUGAUAGGGCGGCACAAGGGGAAGGGGUUGACACCAACGGCGUGUGGCACGCAGCGCGUGCGGAGUGCGCAGCUAGACAGGUUGGCUGUAUCCGGGCUAGGCUUGGGCCUGGGAGCAACUGCGCCGCAUUGCCGCGACACACGCGUGGCAGUGCAGGCAGCGUGGCCGGCUUGCGGGGUGUGCAUGCAUGUGUGGUGGGGUAGUGUUUAGGAGUUGUACACUACCGUAGUUUACACACAGUGUGGUGGUGAUGAAAUGUCUUUUAUAUAUCCAGUGUCGCCAUCACGUGUGGCAGCGCACGGGAGAUCAGGCGUGGGUUGACGCGUGGGGAGAGAAAGAGUAUGGGAGUGAGCAUGCGAGGAAGAGAGCAGGGACGCACCCUCGAGAGGAAGCAUGGAUGCCAUGUUUGAGCAACGUACGGCCGUCUGUAAGUCCAAGUCUAG